AUGGAAGCUUAUUUGGAGGCAAAUGAUUUUUGGGAAGCUGAUGAGGACGAGUAUGAAGUCCCUAAAUUACCAGAAACCCUAACACUGGUACAAAUCAAGAAUCCUAAGGAGAAGAAGACAAGGAAGUCGAAGGCUAAAGCUAUACUAUUUGCUGUUGUGUCACCAGAAAUCUUUGUUAGGAUCAUGACUAUGAAAUCUGCAUUCAAGGUCUGUAAUUUCCUCAAAAGUGAAUAUGAAGGAGAUGAAAGAAUUAGAGGGAUGCAAGUUCUCAAUCUGAUAAGGGAAUUUGAAUUGGUGAAGAUGAAGGAUUCUGAGACUAUCAAAGAGUAUUCUAACAGAUUACUCAGCAUUGCCAACAAAGUAAGAUUACUUGGCACUAAAUUUCCUAAUUCUAGAUUAGUUCAGAAGGUUCUUGUAAUUAUUCAUGAAAGAUUUGAAGCCAUUAUAUCCUUUUAA